AUUACCAUGAAGACUCAGGUUAUCCUGUUUUCACUGAAAAUUGUUUAUCAAUUUUUACAAUAUUGCGACAAGUUACAAUGAUAAUUAUGAAAUAACCUGUGCAGGAGUGCAAGAAUUGCAGUGAAGUCGAACGUAAUCAUGUGUCGCGAAUACAUGAAUGAACUGACAUUAUAUUGACAGGUCACCAGAUAUGUCACCAGGCUACUAAAAGACAGAUUUACACUGAAUAAUUUUUUAAAAUUUACACUAGGGAGUGGUUACAACCUUAUGGAUUUGAGUUUAUAAGGUGUAUUUUUUUGUGAUCAAAUUGCUACAAUUAAUACAGUUGGCCGUGGUUCUAUCUUGGCAAUUUUUGACACAAUCAAAGAAACCUGGCUUUUUCUUGACACUGACAUGACUAGACGUGACAUUUUUCAAUUUACUGUACACUCAGGAUGAAAUUUCUAAAUCGCAACAUCCAAAUCGUGUGUAAACUCCUAUCCCGGUCCAUCCAUCUAGAAUGGUCACCCAAUUGGAAAAUCAGCAAAAAAGUCUGGGACAGGUUCUCAAACCUCCCCAUCGCUAACUGUAAAGUCCAGGCUACAUACAUCUGGAUCGACGGAACCGGCGAAAACUUACGAGCCAAAAACCGAAUUCUCGAUUUCACCCCCAACUCGUACAAAGAGUGCCCUAACUGGGACUUCGACGGCAGUACCACCUUCCUCGCCGACGACCCCAAACACUCCGACAUCAUCCUGUGCCCCAUCGCCCUCUACAACGACCCUUUUCAGCGCGGCACCAACAAACUCGUCCUGUGUGAGACCUACACCAGCGACGGCAAACCCACGAAAAGCAACUCCCGCCACUGUUGCAUGACAUUCUUAAACCAAGUCUGCGACAAAGAACCCAGGUUCGGGUUCAAGCAGACGUGCAUGUUCAUGGACGCCGACAAACGGCCCUUCGGCUGGCCCAAACAGCUGGGCUACCCUUGUCCUACCGAGUCCCACUGUUACUCCGUAGGAGCCGAUAAAGCCCUCGGACGCGAACUCAUCGAAUGCGUGUGCAGAUGCUGCUUGUACUCCGGGUUAGAACUGGGGGCGUCACACCCAGCCGUGGUACCUUCGCAAUGGCAAGUUGGGUUGGAACCCACGGCGGGAAUCAGAGCCGCGGACGAGCUCUGGAUUCUAAGGUACUUUUUGCAGCGGAUUGGGGAGAUCUUUGGUGUUGUUGUGUCGUUUGAGCCUAAGUUGUACCCGAGUUGGAAGGGGUCUGGUUGUCAUACGAAAUUUUCCACGAAGGAGAUGAGGAAUGAAGGUGGGUACAAGUUUAUGGAAGAGGCGAUGAAGAAGUUGGCGACUGAGCACGAAAAACAUAUGGAUGUGUACGACAUUCGGGGGUGUCAUAAUAAGCAGCUGGAUGGAGACCAUUCGACGUUUAGGUGGGGGGUUGCCGACAGGACUGGGUGUGUCCGAAUCCCUAAGAAAGUGGAGAUGGAUAAAAAGGGGUACUUUGAAGACAUGCGCGUUCCAGCCAAUGCAGAUCCCUAUAAAGUAGUCAGUAUUUUUGUGCGCACUCUAUGUUUGGAAUAA